UUUUUUUUUUUCGAUGUGAGCCAGCGAAGCAUCAUUUACAAACACUGUCGGACACAGCUAUGUCAAAGAUUUUGUGACUGUUGGCAUUUUCAGUUAAUUUGUGUAAGAUGGUUACCUGGACCAUUAUGUCGGAUACGACAUUGAACAUAGAAUUUUCUUCCGUAGGUUAUGACAAAGUAACCUACUGAUACGGACUAUGAGCAGUGAUCCGUGCCCGUCCGUGCUACUUCAAGGUUUACUCAGCGGCGACGUAAUUCGUAAGUGGAAAGUUGUGGCUUGUCAUGUUCGUCAUGUUCGAGUGAGAAGUGUGUCGCGUAAUUUGGUGUACUUCCUUGUAGUGUACGAUAAAAAGAAUGUAUUAAAACGAUUUUACCAGUGUGAAUCCUAGAGGGAAAUAAGGUUGUGAAUCAUGGUAACGAAUUAUCCAGCACUUGUUACGAGCAUUCUAGCUGUCGGAGCUGCUGUUUCUUUCGUAAUUGGACGUCGAGUAGUACCCCAGUUGGUAUUGUUGGCUGUUGUUGGGUUUCUAACUACAGGAAAACGGUAUAAAUGGCUGUAUAUACUAUACAAGACUAUUCCUCGUGAUUCUAUGGCAUUAUGCCGCUUUAUGCAGUUGAAUAUGUUACUGUGGUGGUGGGAAAGACAUAACAUGACAAUCCCAAAAGUCUUCUGUGAUGUGGCACAGAAACAUCCCAAGAAAGUCGCAUUUCAUUGCAACAAGCAGCAGUGGACAUUUGCCAAGGUUGAAGAGUUCAGUAACCGUGUAGCACAUUAUUGUAAAUCUGUGGGUCUGAAUCGCGGAGACACAGUGGCGCUAUUUAUGGAAUCAAAGCCAGAAUAUGUUUGUAUAUGGCUUGGCUUGUCAAAGAUCGGUGUAAUUACAGCACUGAUCAACUCAAAUCUACGGCAGUUACCUCUUGUCCAUACCAUUAAAAUUGCCAACAGUCGUGCCAUUAUCUUUGGUUCCGAACUAGCCAGUGAACUGCAGAUGGCACUGGGCGACCUCAGCGACCUGCCUCUCUAUCAAUAUAAUGCCAGCGGCAUAGACAAGGUGUUACUCCCCGGUGCCGUCGAUUUGUUGACUGCUCUAGCUUCCUCUCCGUCUGAUCUCCCGCAUAAAGACUUGACCGAAGGUUCCCACUAUGACAAGGUGCUUUACAUCUUCACAUCAGGAACUACAGGGUUGCCAAAAGCUGCAGUGAUCUCACAUAGUCGGUAUAUGUUUAUGAGUAUGGGGGUGCAUUACAUGCUGAGAAUUCAGGCUGAUGACACAUUAUACACGCCUCUUCCCCUGUAUCACACAGCCGGAGGCACGUUGGGGGUAGGGCAGGUGCUUCUAUGUGGAGCGUCCCUUGCCAUUCGAUCCAAGUUCUCAGCCUCGAACUUCUGGGCAGAUUGCAUUGCCUAUAACUGCACAGUGGCGCAGUAUAUAGGAGAAAUGUGUCGCUAUUUGCUAUCACUACCAGUGCGUCCCGAGGAGAGGCAGCAUAAAGUGAGGCUUAUGUUCGGUAAUGGGUUACGCCCACAAAUUUGGGAGAAGUUUGUUACCAGAUUUGGAAUCAAACAAAUUGGGGAGAUCUAUGGUGCUACAGAAGGAAACUCAAAUCUUGUGAAUAUAGACAGCACAGUUGGAGCUGUAGGAUUUAUGCCUCGCUAUGCUCGUAUUGUGUAUCGUGUGGGGCUAAUUCGAGUUGAUGAGACAACUGGCGAACCAAUCCGUGGGAAAGAUGGGCUGUGUAUACUGUGCGAACCAGGAGAGCCAGGUGUGUUUGUGGGGAAGAUCGACGCCAAGAAAUCCUUUAGCUCAUUCACUGGAUAUGCAGACCAAAAAGAAUCGGAGAAGAAAGUGAUUUAUGAUGUGUUUAAGCAUGGUGAUCAGGGCUUCAACUCUGGUGACAUCCUUGUGAUGGACGAGUUGGGUUACUUCUACUUCAGGGACAGAACUGGCGACACAUUCAGAUGGCGUGGAGAGAAUGUAUCCACCGCUGAAGUGGAGGCUGUCAUCAGCAACAUUGCAGGCCUCAAGGAUGCUGUGGUUUAUGGAGUAGAGGUACCACAUGUUGAAGGUCGUGCAGGGAUGGCUGCUAUUGUAGAUACAGAUGGUACAUUUAAUCUUGUUACAUUUGUAAAGGGCAUCCAAGAAAACCUACCAACGUACGCACGUCCUCUGUUCAUUCGAAUUCUUUCACGGCUACAGAUAACAGGCACGUUCAAGAUCAAGAAAGUGGAUCUUCGAACUGAAGGUUUCGAUCCACAUAAGAUUAAGGAUAAACUGUAUUUCCUGUCAGGCGGACAGUACAUUCCCCUCACGGAGAAGCUGUAUGAAGAUAUAACAAGUGGCAGAGUUCGUCUUUAGAUCCAUCGAUUCAUCACACCAUGUGGUUGCAUAUGGGACUAGGUUUCUUUCCGAAUAGUAACUAUACACCUGUAGACAGGGUUGUUUUGCAUAAUUUGUUAAACUGAAUAGCUGUAGCCAGACAAUUGUACAUAUAUUAUUAGACAAAAUAUCUUCUUUGUAUAUUAUAACAACUUUUUGUAUGUAUUGAAUUGUAUGAAAUUAUGUAUGUCACAGUUGUUAUGUGAGCCUGAUAACUCAUUCAAUGUAGUGACUUGGCUGGGAUACUAUGGAUUGGAUCUGGAGCCCACCCAGCCUCAUACUGAGUUGGUAUUGUGAGCUCUUUCACAGGCUUGAAAGUGGUCAAGAUGUACAGCUUGCCUCUCAGCUACAUCUGGUGCAGAAGGUUAAGGAAGACUGGAGCUAUAUUUCCACUCUAUGUGGCAUUCCAUUAAGGGCGGGGUACCUUUACCUUAACAUGUAGCUUGGUGGAAAAGUAUUCUAGGCAUGCUGUCUCUAGAUGAUAGCGUGAGGCCAAAACAGCGAAUUUAUACUUUAUUAUUUUAUAUUCAUUUUGCUUUAUCUCUUCUCUCAUCAACAUACACACACAGGGUGCAGCAGUCACUUGCGUUUUGCAGGUACCACAACAGAUGUGAAAGAUCGGCUGCCUUUACUUAGGGUUUUGUGUGGUUUUCCUUAGUCUGUCCAUGAAAAUUCUGGAUCUCUCUCUCUCACUCACCCCCCUCUCUCUCGCUCUCUGUAUAUAUAAAUCGUUCUGCGAGCAUGAGCUUUAUCGUUGCCAUUAAUGAAGUUUUGAGUUACCAUAGCAGUGGUUGCGUCAACAUGUUAUGUAGUAGGUCACAAAUAAAGGAGCAGUCUUUUGUUUCA